ACCACAGCUAGUAAGUUUUACUCCCCUAUUAAUAACAUUUUUAUGAAAGCUGUGCGAUCACCCAAAACAGGUACACACAAGCAAACGACCCCAUGGAUACUGUCGCCCAAGGUUGGACCAACGUGAGGCCAGAGGAGGAUGGCCAACGCUUCACAGAGCGCUCCGCUGAGCGCCGGCAACUCUUUCUGAAACUCCAAUCACUCCACCCCCAACCGGUAUUUCCUUCGAUUACCUGGGCGUUUCUCCAGAUCGCCGAUAUCGAAGUAAUCCGGGAGGCGGUUCAGAGCCAUUUGUUCAGGCAAUCAUUGACGGACCGCGAUCUUCGCCUUGCCAGAGAAAGAAAAGCGUUGGACACAAUUCUACUCUGGUCCCAGAAACAACCAAGGAAAGACCCGACAGCAGCAAGUGCAACGUCGACACACUCGCAAUCCAAGACAGUCUCCAACCAACCACCCUCGAAAUCUCGCCUUCUCAAUGCCAAUAUACUAGCCGGAUCUAAGCGAACUCGAUCCGGACAUAUAAUUGGUGGCCCAGAAUACAGUGUUGGCCGACACGAUGGCGUUCGGUCAAACUGUAAGAAGCGGGAUGGAUACCUUUGCGCGGUCUCGAGGAUGGCGGAAAUCGACGCCGCCCAUAUUUACCCAUGGUGCGGUCUUGGAGGCCAGAAUGAGGAGCGAGUGGUGAGAUUCUGGGACACUCUGAAGAUGUUCUGGAAAGCAGAACUAGUGGAGAGUUGGCGUAGUAAGUUGUUUGUGGACGCUAAUAAUCCAAAUCGAGGAACGGAGACAGUGGAGAACAUGAUCUCCCUCUCGGCCCUCCUGCACCGGUAUCACUCCGCUGCCCGAUUUGCGCUCCGACCGAUACAACUGUCAGACGAUAAGACAAAACUCGAACUCGAGUUCCACUGGCUUGUUGUUGAAGGGCGCAAACGCCAGGAUGAGGUGAACAUCAUGGAUGAACCUUUGUCUUCGGCCGGCCGACUUUCGGCUGGCAGGGGUUACGGCCCACUCGAUCGGAUUGAUCCCAACGACGACACUAUCCGCAUUCCACUAGUCAGCGGAACUAGAUUUACAAUGUCGACCGAUGAUCCAGUCCAGCGACCCCUCCCAGAUACAGGCCUCUUGACAUUGCAGUGGAACCUUCAACGUGUCCUUGCCAUGUCCGGAGCGGCUGAGUGGACGGAGGAGGAUUUCGGCAACGACGAUGAUGACGACCAGGACGGACAAGGCGUUACAUCUUGCGAUAACGUGGAAAACUGGCUCAAGAACGUCGAGCCUCCGGAGAAUCAUCGUCCGAGCCAAAUCUCUCGAGAAAGCGAUUCGGAAGACAGCGUAGAUGGUUCGUUUGAAUAAACGAUAUCUGCCCUAAGCAUCUUUAAUCACAAAUCUCAAACUCCCUUCAUAUGCUAAACGGAAUAUACAGGAGCCCCUCCGCAUAAGCAAGCCAAACGUCGAGAUUUGGGCCUUCCUUCCCCUCAGAGCUCGGAUACGAACUUCUCUGAACGCCCCGACUGCGCGAGCAAGAUAACCUUGACGACUUCGCCUCAACUCGGGCCCACGGCCACGAAGUUAUCAAGCGAGUUCUGCCGAGUCGGUGGUGAAGAGAAUAAGGAGCCUAGUCUGCGACACUUGCGAGGGGUUCCGACACUUCAGAGAUCCCGCCGGCGUAGCAUAUGAAGUAAGUCCUUGGGGCCGUUUGCUUACUGUGUACAUGUUUUGUCUCG